AUGUCCACCUCCGCCUUAACACCAACAGAAGACGGAGAUCUUAAAGAACAAGAUCCUUCUCUGUCCGAGGACAAAGUCGUCGUCCUGUUCAAACCGACCGGCGGCGAUACGCCUCUGUUGAAACAAACCAAAGUGAAAGUCUUACGCUCGGCGAAGUUCGUGGACGUGGUCUCGCACCUCUCGAGACAAGUGAAACGCGCGCACGUGUUCGUGUACUUAAACGACGCGUUCACGCCUUCGUACGACGAACAAGUUGGAAGGUUGUUCGAUUGGUUCGGGUCAGGUUCGGGAGGAGAAGGAGAGUUUGAGACGAAUGGAGGAAGUGCGAGAAAGAAGAAGCAAAUGUUGGUGGUGAACUACAGCGCGCAGCAAGCGUACGGCUAG